CACACACACACACACACACACACACACACUAUUGUAAUCUCUAACACAGUCAGGGUAAAGAUCAGCAGAACUUCAGCAUCAGCAGCUCGCGCUGUCUCUGAUCAUGAACAGACGUCUGCUGCUGGUGUCCAACUCCACGCUGUAUGGAGGAGGAUAUCUCCAGCACUGUCAGAGCCACAUCUCGGACUUCUUCGGAGAACAGGUGAAGAGGAUCCUGUUCGUCCCGUACGCUCUACACGACCGAGACCAGUACACCAAGACGGCCCGGGACAAGCUGAACAGUCUGGGUUAUGAGGUGGACAGUGUUCACGAGGCUGCAGACCCCGUCGAGGCCGUGCGUAAAGCCGAGGCUAUAUUCAUCGGUGGAGGAAACACGUUCCGUCUGCUCAAAGCUCUAUACGAUAACAACCUGGUGACGGAAAUUAAAAAAAGAGUUCUUCAGGAUGGAGUUCCGUACAUGGGUUCGAGUGCUGGUACUAACGUGGCCACUGUGAGUAUAAACACCACUAACGACAUGCCGAUCGUUUACCCGCCGAGCUUCUCCGCCAUCGGCCUCGUCCCGUUCAACAUCAACCCUCACUACCUGGACACAGACCCUCACAGCAGGCACAUGGGGGAAACACGUGAGCAGAGAAUAACUCAGUAUCAUGAGGAGCUGAACACACCGUGUGUGCUGGGUCUGAGAGAAGGGUCCAUGCUGCUGGUGAAAGGAAACACCGCCACGUUACUCGGCACCACCAGCGCCCGACUCUUCCAGCGGGGGAAGGAGGCGAGUGAACACCAGCCUGGAUGUGAUCUGAGCUUUCUCCUGACUGACACACACUAACUCAUUAAAGAGCAGAACUGAUUUAUAAACCUGCAGCCAGCUGUAAGAAUACAAAUACUAAUUUAAGACUAAAGUAAAAAUAUAAAUGUGUGAAAUAAAGUUUGUGAAAUUAGUAAAUUU